UUCGUUUGUAACUCAUUUUCUUCAUCGACCAAUCCGAAAAACCAUAAGGUGAUUCUUUUGGUACCGACGACGAACGCCGCCCCCCUCCCAAAGACCGCCACUGAGUAUCCGACGGCAAGGAGAAACUGCGAGAACCACGGCGCUAGUGUCUGGCAGGCACUUUAUGAAAACUACGAAUUCCAUUGUAUCUCUUAAUUGGAGUUGACUCCAAAUAGAAGCGAUUCUUCUGUCCAUCCUCUUUCUCAAGUUGAAAUGUUGGCGUUUGCCUCUUGAAAGCGACGGCAUCUCUUCGAUUUUUGAGCGCUGAAAAUUGAAAAGGAGUUUUCGUUUUCUUCUUUACUUUAUUAAACUCUAGGCAAUUCAAAUUCCAUGGAUAAUCCUGCCCGAGAAUAUCAACAUUCCAAUUCAAUAGAUGUGUUUGGCUUCGACCACGUGUUGCUUCCUACCUUUUCGGAUCGAAAUCUCGUGGAGAAUCUAUUUGAGCCCAGCAAUGUGGUUGAUUCAAAUCAUCAUCAGUUUUAUUUCCUUCCAAAUGAUCCUAAUAAUCGUGGUAAUUUAGCUCCAUCUGAGGGAAAUGUCUCCGAAGCUGUGCUCAAGUGCAUAAGCCAGAUGCUCAUGGAAGAUGAGGACUUGGAAAAUAGGCUUGGUGUCGUGGAGAAUAGCUUGGCUCUCCAAGAAGCUGAGAAAUCCUUGUAUGAUGUUCUUGGUGAGAAGUACCCACCUUCCCCAGAUCGAAACAGGGGAAAGCCCGAUGAAAAGGUCCAUAUCCCGGAUGAUGAUUGGAGUGGAACUUGCAGUAGUCAUGGCAUUAGCAGCUCUGGUAGUGUGAACAAUGUUGAUUAUUCCAAUUUGAUUGGUGAUCAGAACAAAUUUGGAUCCUACCACAACUUUGGCUACGCCACGAGGUCUAAUUCUUCUAGUGGUUUAUGUGAUGGUGUUCGUGGGACCAUGGGCUUUCUUAUUGAUUCAUUUCAGGUUUUAGUUCCAUCCAAUGAGAGCCAAGCCAUCUCGCAAUUCUCGGGAGGGGAAGGAAAAUUUUCGCUGGUUGUUCCUGAGGAGGAUCGUGAGAAUUGUGAUUUGGAGCAAAAAUACAAGAACCUAAGGCUACUGCUUGAUGUUGAGGAGAACUCGAAGGGGAGCUCGCAGUGUAAAUCAAGGGGAAAGAAAAGUCAUUACCGAGAGGAUGCUGAGUGUUUGGAAGAAGAAGGCUCAAGUAACAAGCAGUUGGCCGGUUGUGCUGAUGACUGCGAUGAGCAACUCGAGAUGUAUGAUGAGGUGUUGCUUUGUCCUGCUCUGAAUUCUCAUUUACAGGAGUCGUCAGCUUGUUUUUGUAUUGAAGGCCUACAGAGUAGCAAGAAUUGGCAGUCAAAUGGAAUGAGAAGAGGCAGGCCAAGAGGUAAGAAACAGGGAAGGAAAAGGGAAGUAGUGGAUUUUAUGCGUCUCCUAACUCAGUGUGCACAAGCUGUGGGAAACAAUGAUAGCAGACCGGCUAAUGAACUGCUGAAGCAGAUUAGACAACACUCUUCUCCCAGUGGUGAUGCUACUGAAAGAAUGGCUCAUUACGUUGCAAAUGCACUCGAGGCGCGCUUGGCUGGAACCGGGAGAGCAGUAGAUGCAUCCUUUAUGACCACAAGGAUAUCAGCUGCUGACACCUUAAAAGCUUACUCGACGUUUCUUACUGCAUUGCCCUUCAAAAGGAUGUCAAAUUUCUUUGCGAACAAAUCAAUUUGGAAGCUAGCUGAGAAAGCAACAAGGCUUCACAUAAUUGAUUUUGGCAUUAUACAUGGUUUCCAAUGGCCCCAUCUCAUCCACCAUCUCUCUCAGAGAACUGGGGAGCCUCCUAAGGUUCGAAUUACAGGGAUAGACUUUCCCCAACCAGGUUUUCGGCCAGCACAAAGGGCUGAGGAGACUGGGCGUCGCUUGGCAUAUUAUUGUGGGAAAUUUAAUGUCCCAUUUGAGUAUAAUGCUAUAGCAAAGAAAUGGCACACUAUCCAAAUUGAGGAUCUCAACAUUCAAAAGAAUGAGGUGCUUCUUGUUAAUUGUUUGUUCCGGCUACAAUACAUCCCUGACGAGACAGUGGAGGUGAACAGUCCAAGGGACGCUGUUCUGAACUUAAUUAGGAGGAUCAAUCCAGAUUUGUUCAUCCAUGGAAUUAUUAAUGGUUCGUAUAGUGGUCCUUUUUUUGUCACCCGAUUUAGGGAAACGCUGUUCCAAUCACAUGCAGCUUUCGACAUGUUUGAUGCUGUUUUACCACGCGAUGAUCAGGGCAGGAUGUUAUACGAAAGAGAGGUCUUGGGCAGGGGAGUGAUGAGUGUCAUAGCAUGUGAGGGUACCGAGAGGGUUAUAAGGCCAGAGACAUAUAAACAGUGGCAAGCCCGGAAUCUGAGGGCUGGAUUCAAGCAGCUCCCACUUGACCGAGAAAUCAUAGAGAACGUGAAGACUAAAGUCAAGCUGGGUUACCAUCAGGAUUUUCUGGUAGAUGAGGACCGCAACUGGAUGCUGCUUGGAUGGAAGGGGCGAAUCUUAAGUGCUUUAUCCUGUUGGAAGCCGGCUUAGUAAGUGAAAACCUUGCCAUGUUACUGCUUGGGGUGGAUAAAUUAUGGUAGUCUUAACAAUUCAAGUAUUUGUAAAUCUGCCAAAGGUAACACCUUUCUUCAAUAGAGUUUCUUUCUGUAUUAUUUUGUUGCCCAAAGCAGAAGACAAUAUAGGUGAUUGGUAGCGAUAUUCGCACUCUUUACGUCGUGUCCCUUUGCUUACAUUUGAUGGUGUAAGCAACAUUUUAGGUGUAUUGAAUAUCACCACUCUAGAUUUUAGGUAGUAAUUCUGGCAUGCCAAUCAUAUUUUGUAACCUCCAAUAAUCCAUGGGACCCCAUCAUCUUACGUCUGUGGUUUUGCUAUCAGUUGAUAUCUUGAACAUUGUACUUGGGUACUUUUACCCUCA